CUAGACAAAUUAGGUCCAAUUAUCAUUUUCCAAACAGAAAAUGUAUUUCAAUGCCCUUGACACUGCAAGUAAUGCGUAAGUAUCAAACAAAUUAGAGAGAGAGAGAAUGGGAUCGACUACGGUGGUUUCAGUGGGUGCCAAUUCUUCUUCUUCUCAGGGGAUGGUUCAUAACGUCUUCGUAUACGGGAGUCUGCAAGCUGAGGAGGUUGUUCGAGUCCUAUUGAAGCGUGUUCCUCGAUCUUCUCCCGCCAUCCUCAACCACCACCAUAGGUUUAGCAUCAAAGGACGUGUUUAUCCUGCUAUUCUGCCUGUAGAGAAUAAGAAGGUUACAGGGAAGGUCCUCCUGGGGAUAACAACUCCCGAAUUAGACAUUCUGGAUACGUUUGAGGAUGUUGAGUAUGAGAGGAGGACUGUUGAAGUUUCUUUGAUGGAUAGUUCUGAGAAGUUACAGACUUACGCAUAUAUUUGGAGCAACCAGGAUGAUCCAAGCUUAUAUGGAGAAUGGAAUUUGGAGGAAUGGAAACAAGUACACAUGAAUGAUUUCGUGAAGAUGACCAUGGGGUUUGCGGAAGAACUGGAGGUACCUGAACCAAAGACGAGAGUGGAAACAUAUGAAAACUUCUAUCAGUAGAGUGGUGACAAUUUCCCCAUGUCUUGAUGCUAUUAUUUAUUAAAAAUAAUGUUUAUACCCUCAUGUCUUGGUAAGAAUGUAUGUUUUUAAGUACUAUGCAACUUUUUUUUUUUUUUUUUUUUUCUCUUUUUUCUGGUAAGGAUUAUUCAUCCCAUAUUCAUUAUUACUUUGUUAUAAUUGUUUGUCUACCCUCUUAUUAGAGAGUUUGUUUGUUGGGGGUAGACCAAAUUCACGUUUGUUUUUUA